UUCAAAGGAAGGACUGUGGUUGGAACAAUUUCUUACACUGUAAUUCUGGAUUGCCUAAAAGCCUUCGAGAAAAAAGAUGUCUGAGUUAUUUUCUAACCAAAUAACUCCUGCUGUGGAAUUAUCUCUACUGAAUACACUGCCCAGAUCAAAAGAUUUGACUCAUUUGUGUGAUGAUCUGAAAAAACUGGUAACAUUGUUUAAAGAAGGAAGCUUUGAAGAAAUUUUGAAGCUUAGUCCAAUCAAUAUUUUUGAAACUGGUGUACAACAAUCUUCCAUCAAGCAAGAAGUUCAAAAUUUUCUUGACAACAAUUCAAAUGAUGAGAGCAGUUGUUUUCAGGUGUUUUGUAUUGGACUUUCCGCCUUGCAUCGCUUUAUCCAGAGCAACUGGCUUGGUUUCAAUCAGUUUGGUAUGCCAGUAGAUAGUGGGUCAGAUGAUGUGUCAAAACAAGGUCUCAUUCUUGAUGCCGAAAGCCUCCUCCCAACUACGAAAGACCUACAACUGCUGCUUGUUGCCAAAACAAUCUUAUAUGACUUAAAGGAGCGGUUCACCCACUUUAAGUUCUUUGGUUGGUGGCUUAUUAGGUAUAUAUUUGUUCACCAACGAGUCCUAGAAGAAUCAUCCCAAUUACUUCAUUCAGCUUUUCUAGAUAUUGUUAGUGAAAUUGAUAAACUUGAAAAGCAUGUUGAAGCUGACCUGCAUUUUAGCUCCUUGCUGCACCUAGAAGUGGGCUACACACAUUUAUUGUAUGGUGAGGUGCAGAAAACCAAGAUUCACUUUGAAAAAGCGUAUCACAUUGUUAACUUCAGAUGUGAAUGGACAGGGGCGAUGGGAAAGAGGACUCAGCAUCAACAAAUCGCGCUGCCUCAACUCACGAUUAAAGUUCAUUGUGACAUUGAUGAUGCGCUGGUAGAUAAAGAACGAGAAAUUGCUAGUGAUCUACCGAAAGAUAUCAAAUUGGAUGAUGAUACCCGUUUAAACCAAAUUGCCUUUAUUAAUAAAGAUGACAAUAUUCUUCCUGAUUUGCCUCCUCUGUACCAGGCUCUUUUGAUUGCUCAUGCAACAGAAAAAGAAAAAUUUUGUCCUAAAGACGAACUGCUUUGGGAGGAACUGUCACCGCUACUGAACUGCAUUUUAAGCCACCCGAAAAUCUGGAGUUUUCAUGUCAGCUCUUUGACGAUGCGGUCAAAAUUGGAUGCGACGCAUCGCCGCUCGGUCGAACGCGCUUUGUCGCAGUUGCAAGAACUAGCCGAUUCUCUAUCAAAAGAUAGCCAAUAUGCAAACCGUCGAAUUGAGUACUUUUAUGUUUCGCGGAUGCCACUUGAAUUUGAACUCCAGAGUGUACUGGCUGAAGUGCUCCAAAGUCUUGGGGCUGUCAGUAGUGCAUUGGACAUAUAUAUUCGAUUACAUAAAUGGGAGGGUGUAAUUACUUGUUACCAACAACUGGACAAGAAGCACAGGGCUGAAGAAAUAGUGCGGCAAGAAUUAGCGAAAGGCGAAACACCCAAACUAUGGUGCCUACUUGGCAAUUGUACCGAUGAUGUCUCUUGUUACGAGAAAGCCUGGGAGUUAUCCCAGCAUAAAAGUGCUCGUGCUCAGCGAGAUUGGGCCUACUACUUUUAUAACAAAAAACAGCUUCGGGAAUCUAUUCCGCACUUUCAAGAAUCCCUUAAACUCAACUCAUUGCAAGAAAGUGUUUGGAUACGCCUAGCCUUCUCCGCAAUGGAAAUUGAGGACUGGGAAAUUGCGGCUUCUGCGUACCGUCGCUAUUGUAUGCUAAACUCAGAGUCUUUUGAGGCGUGGAAUAAUGUGGCAAAAUGCUACACCAAACUAGGACAGAAAACCCGAGCUUGGAAAGCUCUGCAAGAAGCCGUAAAAUGUAAUUACGAUAACUGGAAAAUUUGGGACAACCUGAUGGUAGUCUCCAUUGACUGCUGUGAAUAUGAAGAGGCCAUCCGUUCAUACAACCGCAUCCUUGAUCUGAAAGAAAAACAUGUAGAUGUACAGGUGUUAAAAAUUCUACUACAAGCCGUAUUGGAAAACAAAGAAGACAACUACGGCCAAACGGUUGGACGGCUUGCUCCAGCGGUGCAAAAACUGCUUGGUCGAUUCACGUCGCAAGUGACAAACAAUGCACAAGUUUGGGAAAUAUACGCCGAUCUUGUAGCUGAUAAUGCUGAUACGGACAUAACGACUAUGUUUCGGGUUGCCCAGCUAAUGCAGAAGUCCUAUCGGAGUGCCAUUCAGGAAAAAAAUUGGGAAAAGGAUAUAAUGUCGUGUACGUUAACUCUAAGUUUAUGUAGAAAGUAUGUUGAUAGAUGUCUAAAUUUGUUAAGGAAAGAUUUGUCUAAAGAAAACCUUCAGCUUGCUAGUUCAGCAAAACUCAGUUUAAGGUCUGCAAUAAGCCAGGUUAAGCUUUGCUAUGUGUUUGACAUCCCAAAGGGGAUACAAGAGGCACUUGAUGUCCUUGAAGAACUUAACAAAGAUUUACAGGAUAAAUUAUCUAAUGUCUAAGCUAAUAACAAUUCAUGUUGCAAAAAGGUUGACUUUGCAUGUGAAUAAAUUCCAAUAAACAUUUUUAUACAA